AUGUCGCAUCAGUCGGCCUUGACGGGCUUCUCUGCCACAGAGUUCGGCGACCUCUACAGGUCCAAGUACAAGGAGGAUCCGCCUUACCAGGCUGUGGCCGCAUUUGCCGCCAUCGUCAGCUUGGGGAGGGCCGUUGAGCUGGCGAACUCCACGGAGCCUGCCGAGGUAUCGGCUCAGCUGCAAGCUCUGGACAUUGAGACCCUCUACGGCCGGGUUGCUUUUGAUGAGCAUGGCCAGAUAGCGAUGGAACUGAAGGCGGUCCAGGUGCAAGAGGUGGGAAUGCCUCCUGUGCCCGUCUCGCCGUUGGGAGUGGCCGUUGCUCCGCUGCGCUUGAUGCCUACCAUGGCGGAGCGGCAGUGUGCUAGCGAGGCACCCACAGUCUACGGAAGCGAUGCAUCUGGAAACUGUGUGAGGUGUCCGGCGAGCUCCUUCUCCAUGUGGAACACCUCGACAAAGCUGCGCCGCUGCAUCUUCUGUCCAGCCGGGAGCUCCCUGGACGAGGAGGGUGUUUGCUCCUUCUGCGCGCCUGGAAAGGUUUCCAUCACGGCGGGGCAGAGGGCCUGCACCAACUGCAGCGAAGGCUACUAUGCGGAUUCCGUUGGCCAGAGCCGUUGCAGAAUUUGUCCCGUUGGGACCUUUAGCGGCUCCAGCGGGCUCACGCAGUGCACGAACUGUUCGGCCGGGACGUUUAACAACGAGGCCGCCCACACAUCCUGUCGCAACUGUACCCCCGGCACCAUCAGCACUGAGGAAGCCGCCACACACUGCGACAAGUGCAGCCUGGGGCAGUACGCAGCAGACAACGGUAUGACGUCCUGCAGCCAGUGUCAGGCUGGCUUCACGACAUCCUCAGCCGGGGCCAGCGGCGAAGAGCAGUGCGUCUGCCCGAAGGAUUCCUUUCGAGAUGGUGACUCCUGCGUUGCCUGUGGCUUUCUGCAGACCACGCUCCUGGAGGGCGCCCUUUCGAGUGACGCCUGCCGGCUGACGGACGAUGCGGUGUGGCUCGUGGUGUCGAUGACGGCGGCCAUGCUUCUUUUCAUGGCAAUGGGGCCGGCGCUUGUCUUGGCCUACACGAAGCGCAUCCGUCGGCGGCUUGAGGAAGCGGAAGCGCGACAGCGAGCUGUUCUGGAGAGCAAGGUCAAAGAAGGUGUAGACUCCAUCACGGAGCUCGCCCACCCAAUGGUGAUCACGAGGGCCGACACCUUCCUGGACAUCUCCUUCGAGCAGAUUCAGAUGCUGCAUGAGGGCGCUCGCGACAGAGGGAUUCUCACCUUCCUCGACUCGAAGGCAAGCAUUCAAGUGCAUCGGAAGCAGCAUCCGCGCUCCAGGUUCGUCUUUCUCAGCUACCAGUGGCUCUCCUGGAACGUUCAUGGGCCGAACGAGGUGCAGUUCGAGGCCAUGCAAAAGGCGGUGAUCCAGUAUGCCGAUGCCAUGCGGCUCACGCCCCAGGAGGUCUACGUUUGGCUGGACGUCUUGUCCAUCCCGCAGCUUCUGGCAGUGAACUCGCUCUUCACCUACGCCUCGGCAGCCGACUCGCUCAUCAUCAUCGCGCCCCGCUCCACGCACGCGGAGACUGGUGAGGCCCGCUACCUCACCCAUCCCGUCGCGAGGACCCGGAUGGAGCAGAUCGCGCACGUGACGGCCCACAGCAUCGAUACCAUGGGCCUUGCCCGCUAUGCUUAUGACCUUGACGUGCCCUUGCCGCAAUGUUUUAUGACAAAGAGCAGGCAAGGCCAAAAUUUGACCCUUGCCGACGAAUUCGUCGGCAAGGAGACUUUGGUCAUCCCUUUGCUCGGCGUUUGGUUCGUACUGAGAAGUUGGAUGGACCAGCAGAGCACUGAGGAGGAGGACCACGUUUCGCACCCUGGCGCUUCACUGGUCUACCGCCUCAUGCGGGAUCAGAUGGAUAGCGUUUUUCCAAAGACGUUCGAGUUUAACACCCUGCGUGGGAGCCAGCAGAGAGCACCUUGGAUUGACUUGAAGCGCUAG